AUGUCGGGAACAAAGCGCAAACUGUCGCGUAAAGCGACUUCACCUGAUAAAAAGCGCAAAACUAACCUGGAUGCGCUGCGCUGGAAGGAGGUUUCUUUACCUGAUCGCCUCGAGGACUAUGAGGGCUUCUUCGGGCUUGAGGAGGUGGAAAAUGUCGACGUGGUCAGGGAUCCUCACUCGGGCAUUCUCUCCUACAAGUCGACGACCGACCAUGCCGCGGCAUCGGACGAUGGAGAUGAUGAUGCAGCUUCUUGGGGGGGAUUCAGCGACGAAGUUGAGGAUAUGAAGCCAGAGCCAAAGCCAGCGUCGAAGCCAGAACCGGAGCCAAAGACAGUCGCUCCCAAAUCGAAGCCGAAUCCCACGAAAAACGGCAAGGUCAAGGGCGCCGAGAAGUCUACGAGCACCGCUGCCACCUUCGCCGGACUGGAGAACGUCGCCGAUGGAGAAGACGUCGAUGUAUCAGCAUGGCGAUCUCUGAAGCUGUCGCCAGACACGAUGGCAGCCCUGGCCAAGCUCAAAUUCACCAAACCGACGCCUAUUCAAGAAGCUGUAAUCCCACAAGCCUUCGAAGGUCAUGAUGUGAUAGGCAAGGCAUCGACUGGAUCCGGCAAAACGCUUGCGUUCGGUAUCCCCAUUCUCGAGCGCUUUCUUGAAAAACGAUCGACGACCAAGGCAUCGAACAAAGCUCCGAUAGCUUUGAUCCUGUCACCCACGAGAGAAUUGGCGCACCAACUCCACAAGCAUCUAGGUGCACUGUUCGCUGGCGUGACAUCAGAGCAGCCGGCCCUCGCAACAUUGACGGGUGGUCUAUCCCUGCAGAAACAGCAGCGACUGCUCAAGGAUGCAGACGUUGUGAUCGGAACGCCAGGCCGUCUUUGGGAGAUUAUCAGUUCGGGUCAGGGAGUUGGAACUGCUCUCAAGAGGAUCGAAUAUCUGGUCAUUGAUGAGGCAGACCGACUGCUCAGCGAAGGGCACUUCAAGGAGGUCGAGGACAUUCUCAACACGCUCGAUCGCAUCGAUACCAACGACGACGAUGCUACUGGGGAAGAAGAUCAGGCCUCAGAAGCUCCCGCAUCUUUGGAGACUCGUCAAACCCUCGUCUUCUCCGCCACUUUCGAUCGAGGCCUCCAGAAAAAGCUAUCUGGGAAGCAAAACCGCAAGCACAACCUCCUGGGCAACAAGGAGACCAUGGAAUAUCUCCUUUCGAAGCUCAACUUCCGCGAGGACGAUCCCCAGUUCAUCGACGUCAACCCAGUGCACCAAAUGGCAUCUGGUCUCAAAGAGGGAGUCGUCCAAUGCGGAGAUACCGAGAAAGACCUCUACCUCUACGCCCUCCUACUCCUCCAACAAGCCAAGCGAGCCAUGAUCUUCACAAACUCCAUCGAUGCCGUCCGCCGAAUCACCCCCUUCCUCCAGAACCUCAACCUCAACACCUUAGCCCUCCACUCCGGCAUGGAACAAAAAGCCCGCCUCCGCUCCGUCGAGCGUUUCAGCGAAAACACCAAAUCCUCCGUCGUCCUCGUGGCCACCGACGUCGCUGCACGCGGCCUCGACAUACCCAAUGUCGACCUCGUCGUGCACUACCACCUCCCUCGCGCCGCCGACGCCUACAUCCACCGCUCCGGUCGCACAGCCCGAGCUGGCCAGGAAGGCCACUCCGUCCUCAUCUGCGGCCCCGGCGAAGUCGCCAAAUUCCGACGCCUCGUCGCACAAGUCCACGCGAAGUCUGCCAUGGCGAAGCUAGGAAAACAAGGCUACUUCGUCCGGACCUUGAACGUCGACCGGAAAAUCGUCUCCCGCCUCAAAGAGCGCGCUCAUCUCGCCAAGAUCCUCGCAGACGCACCCGCGGCGAAGGAGAAGCAGCGGAAGGAAGACGACGAGUUACGGAGACUGGCUGAAGAAGCAGACCUCGUCUAUGACAGUGAUGAGUUCAAGAAGGAGUCUGCAGGACAGCACCGAGGUCGUGGGGCGGGGAGGAAGAAGAAAGAGCAGGAGUUGAGCGAGUUGACGAAGAGGGAUUUGGGGGCUAUGAGGGCGCAAUUGAAGGAGUUGCUGAGUAAGAGAGUAAAUACGGGUGUCAGUGAGAAGUAUUUGGCUUCUGGACGGGUGGAUGUGAAUGAGCUGUUGAGGGAUCGGGAGGGAGGGAAGACCGGGGAAUUCUUGGGGACUGUGGAUAAUCUUUGGGAUUAA